AUGUCCUUGAUGAGUGCAAGGAGAUCUCGAUCAUCAGCUGCCAGACACAACAUUGGGAUUAAAGAUGAGAGCAAUGAAAUAAUGUUCAGAGAUGAAGAUAUUAAGCAACUGGAAAACAUACAUGAGCUGGUGCGAGGGCCAAAUUACGUUGAAGUGAUUUGUGGUUGCACAAGCAAGAAAUAUGGAGAUCAAGUCGGCAAGCUUAAGAUUUCUUCUACCGGCCAAUUCCAAAUAAAUUGUGAAUGCUCUGCACCUUCAACCUGCGAGGAAGUGGGGGUGUUAGAAGAAAUUGGCAAAUUGACACCAGAGGAAUUCGAGAAGCAUUCAAGGGAGAAAGAGGGGGGACCUAGAAAGUGGAAGAGCAAUAUUUGGGUAACAAUCAAGGGCAAGAAAGUCCCACUUUGGAAAUCAGGGCUGAUGAGAUAUUACAAGCAUGCCUCCAAUGAAGGCAAAUUGGGUUCAAGCAGUCGGCGUAGAGGGACUUUUCACAGGGAGGAAUUUCUAUUUUGCUCCAAGUGUAAGAAAGAACGCAGGUUUCGCCUGCGAACGAAACAAGAGUGCAAAGCCUUCCAUUAUGCCUCCAUGAAUAAGAAGUGGAAAUGCUCUGAUCAUCCAUGCGACAAAGGCGGAGUUUGA